AUGGUUGAAAAGCGACCACCAAGUCCUGGCUUCAUCUCUAAUCCAUUCAUAAAAAAAAGAAAUCUCGAAUGGACUCUUGACUCACCAUCACCCUCACGACCGCCAACAACUGCUGACAUAGAGUCUGGAUCAGCCACUGUAGAGGACCAUCUCUCACAUUUCAAAGCACAUCUCUCGAAACACAUAUCAAGCCCAUCGCCACUAUCAAUAUCAUCAUAUAGCUCACUAUACACCGAAAACUUUGGAAGCUCUACAGGUGCUCAUUUCGUCAUUCAUCAACAUGACCACCCAAUUGCUGGCACGCACUAUGACCUCCGUCUUCAGAUCAAUGAGACCAGUAGCGCCAGCUGGGCGAUCAUGUAUGGACUCCCGGGCGACCCUCAGAGUAUACGGUUGAAUCGAAACGCGACAGAGACGCGAAUUCACUGCCUUUGGAACCAUCUCAUAGAGACUGCCUCAGCCUCAACCGGAUCGCUUCUCAUCUGGGACACGGGAACAUAUAGCAUCCUCCCCCGUCAGAGCAAGCAUGCCCCAACGGCUGAUCCGUCCUCUCCAACGUCCUCACCAGGUCCAUCGUCUGCGCCAACACAGCAAGCCCUUCUACACGCCGCUUUCCAGAACCGCAAGAUCCGUAUUCGACUGCACGGAUCGCGCUUACCAGAUCCAUACGUCCUAAACCUUCGUUUGACCAGGUCAGAAGAUGUGGCCGGUAGAGUAAGGAGCGGAAAAACACCUCGGAAACGGCGUCGUCGUCAUGCCCAGGCAGAGACGCAACCUGAGACGAGUGAUGAGGACAGUGAGGGCGAUGCAAGUGAGGAUGUCCCUUCCAACGCUGAUGCAGGAACCAACGCCGACGACCUUUCCGCCAUGGAACGCGAGAUACGUGAGCUUGAAGAUGAAGAGGUCCGCAGAACAAGUGCAUAUCCAGGGGCUUCCAACACUAUCGGCAGUGUACAUCAACGGCGAUGGUAUCUUUCACUUGAUCGCCCGGCUUGUGGGUUUGUGGAAGAAAGAAUCAAGAACCGUUCGGUUUGGAAACUCGAAGACGGUACGGAGACUAAGAACAAACAGAGCAAUGAUGGACGCUUGUCAUACCCAUUCUACGUCCGGGGGCCAGAUCAUGAGCGUAGUGUAUUAACAGGACGGCUGGGAGCUGAUAUUCUCCAAGACGAGUGCGUGGAUAAAUUUGUUCAGCGUCAAGGUUGGAAGCCAGUGCUGAAAUGA